GUUCGAGCUCGAGCAGGAUGGGUGAGCGCUGGAGUGGAUUGUUCCUCGCCACACACCUAAGAGCUUGCACGCACGCGAGGGGCAAACUGGGCUGGACUGCACACAGCCUUGCUGAUCCAAACACAAUGACGCCAAGGAAUGCAUUCUAGCUGGAAAUGCAAGUGUUCUCCGACCAGGCACAAUAGGCUGUUUUAUCAAAAAUUAUCUCUUAUGCUCUUAAUAAUCUGAAAUAUGGCUGAAGUAAGGUGAGUUGGUCUGUUGCUCAGACAACUUGCUGUCGGGAUCUGCGCACUUCACUCUACCCCCAGCUAGCCUGUCGGAUGAAAAAAACCGGAUAGAUCCGUUGUUUCUUUCUUCUAUCAAUCGAUAAUCACUGUACUGUGGAAUCAUGUCGAUGGGACAGGACGAGAGCUCAGUCCGGGUGGCUUUGAGGAUUCGUCCUCAGCUGGCCCGGGAGAAAAUCGAGGGAUGCCACAUCUGCACGUUUGUGACCCCAGGGGAGCCGCAGGUGAUGCUGGGUAAAGACAAGGCGUUUACGUACGACUACGUGUUCGACAUGGACUCCAGUCAGGAGAGAAUCUAUGCUGACUGCACUGAGAAGCUGAUCGAGGGCUGCUUCGAAGGAUACAACGCCACCAUCUUUGCUUACGGCCAGACUGGGUCAGGCAAGACCUACACCAUGGGAACGGGUUUUGACGUGAACAUCAGCGACGAGGAGCUGGGCAUCAUCCCGCGGGCCGUCAGCCACCUGUUCCGGGGCAUCGAGGACCGCCAGCAGGUUGCCAGGGAACAGGGUCGACCAGCGCCGGAGUUCAAAAUCAACGCGCAGUUCCUGGAGCUUUACAAUGAGGAGAUUUUGGACCUGUUUGAUGCUUCUCGGGACCUGGAGGCGCGGAAGCAGAAAUCCCACAUCAAGAUCCACGAAGACGCAAACGGAGGAAUCUACACCGUGGGGGUGACGACACGGACCGUGACCUCGGAGGCAGAGAUGAUGCAGUGUCUGAAGCUGGGCGCACUGUGUCGGACCACAGCCAGCACCCAGAUGAACGUCCAGAGCUCCCGGUCGCACGCCAUCUUCACCAUCCACCUGUGCCAAGUCAGGGUCUGUGCACCGGACAAUCAAGACGGUAACGAGACAGACAACAGGAUCACUAAUGGCAACACUGAGAUGCAAGAGUACGAGACGCUGACAGCCAAGUUUCACUUUGUGGAUCUGGCCGGGUCCGAGAGGCUGAAGAGGACCGGGGCCACAGGAGACAGGGCCAAGGAAGGAAUCUCCAUCAACUGUGGACUGCUUGCUCUGGGGAAUGUAAUCAGUGCUUUAGGGGACCGAAGCAAGCGAUCCACACAUGUGCCUUACAGAGACUCCAAACUCACCCGGCUUCUACAGGAUUCCCUAGGCGGGAACAGCCAAACGAUGAUGAUAGCGUGCAUCAGUCCAUCUGACCGGGACUUCAUGGAGACCCUGAAUGCGUUGAAUUAUGCGAACAGGGCCAGGAACAUAAAGAACAAGGUGACGGUGAAUCAGGACAAGGCCAGCCAGCAGAUCUCUGCUCUCAGGACGGAGAUAGCCCGGUUGCAGAUGGAGCUCAUGGAGUACCGGACGGGUAAACGUAUGAUUGGACAGGACGGCAUGGAGAGUGUGAACGACAUGUUCCACGAGAACAGCAUGCUGCAGACGGAAAACAGCAACCUCAGAGUCCGAGUGAAAGCCAUGCAGGAGACCAUUGAUGCCCAGAGGGCCAGACUCACACAGUAUCUCAGUGACCAGGCCAACCAGGUCCUGGCCAGAGCCGGUGAUGGAAACGAAGAGAUUGGAAACAUGAUCAAGAGCUACAUCAAGGAAAUCGAGGAUCUCAGGGCCAAACUCCUGGAGAGUGAGUCUGUGAGUGAGAACCUUCGUAAGAACCUGUCCCGCGCCUCCUCACGCCAGUCCUUCUACCCCGGAUCCUUCUCCCCAGCCCUCCUGGCCCCGGAGAAGGAGGCCUCAGACAUCAUCGAGCUGGCCAAGAAAGACCUGGAGAAACUCAAAAAGAAGGAGAGGAAGAAGAAGAAGAGUGUUGUCAAGGAGGAGGUCCCUAACAAUGACCAGGACAAGGCCACAGAAAAAGAGCUGACCGAGCGUUCCAAUGAGGAGCCUGAUCUGGAGGGAAGUGACCAUGAGGAAGUGGAGGAAGAAGAAGAAGAGGAAGAGGAGGAGAUGGAUGUAGAGGAGAGCUCUGAUGAGUCAGACUCUGACUCUGAUGAGAAAGAGAACUUCCAGGCGGACCUGGCCAACAUCACGUGUGAGAUCGCCAUCAAGCAGAAGCUGAUCGACGAGCUGGAGAACAGCCAGCGGCGUCUGCACACGCUCAAACAGCAGUACGAGCAGAAGCUGAUGAUGCUGCAGAGCAAGAUCAGAGACACUCAGCUGGAGAGGGACAGAGUGCUGCAGAACAUGGGCUCAGUGGAGACCUGCAACGAUGAUAAGGCCAAGAAGAUCAAGCAGGAAUACGAGAAGAAGCUGAGCGUGAUGAAUAAAGAGCUACAGAAACUACAGUCGGCCCAGAAAGAACACGCGCGCCUCCUCAAGAACCAGUCCAAGUAUGAGACUCAGCUCAAAAAACUCCAACAGGACGUCAUGGAAAUGAAGAAGACCAAGGUCCGUCUCAUGAAGCAGAUGAAGGAGCAACAGGAGAAGAACAGGCUGACAGAGUCCAGGAGGACCAGGGAGAUCGCCACCCUCAAGAAGGACCAGCGCAAACAGGAGCAUCAACUGAAACUGUUGGAGGCCCAGAAGAGACAACAGGAACUCAUUCUGCGGCGGAAGACUGAGGAGGUAACUGCCUUACGGAGGCAGGCCAGGCCUGUGUCUGGUAAGGUGACCGGCAGAAAGGUCAAUCUAGCAGAGACCCUCCAGGACUCAUCUCAUCGACCCUCCCCAGGACGCCUGCAUCCCUCUGGAUCCACCGCUCCCAACGGAACCAGGUCCUACUACAGACGCUCAACUGGCAUAUACUCCACCAGAGUAGCUAGGGUCAAGUGGCAGUCUCUGGAGCGCCGCAUCUCUGAUGUCAUCAUGCAGAGGAUGACCAUUUCCAACAUGGAGGCCGAUAUGAACCGCUUGCUUAAGCAACGCGAGGAGCUGACCAAGCGCAGGGACAAGGUGACGAGGAGGAGGGACAGGCUUGCGGGGGAGGGGCCAGAGGUCGAGAAGGCGGUGCUCAGCCUCAGUGAGGAUGUCGACGCGCUGGUGGCCAACAUAGACUACAUCAACGACAGCAUCGCCGACUGCCAAGCCAACAUCAUGCAAAUGGAGGAGGCCAAGGAGGAGGUGGACACGGUGGAUGUUUCCGCGGUGAUCAGUUCCUGUACACUAACAGAGGCCCGUUUUCUACUGGACCACUUCAUGUCCAUGGCCAUAAACAAGGGUCUGCAGGCUGCUCAGAAGGAGUCCCAGGUGAAGGUGAUGGAGGGUCGGCUGAAGCAGACUGAGAUCACCAGCGCCACCCAGAACCAGCUGCUGUUCCACAUGCUGAAGGAGAAGGCGGAGUUCAACCCCGAGCUGGACGCCUUACUGGGGAACGCUCUGCAAGAGCUGGGUAACCUCCCAGUGGAGAAUGGGGACGAUAGCAGCAGUGACGAAUCUGCCCAGAGUCCUGCAACAGAGGGACAUUCCAGCUCACUGGCAUCUGACCUGAUGAAACUCUGUGGAGAGACCAAAACAAGGAGCAAGGCUCGUAGGAGAACCACCACUCAGAUGGAGCUUCUAUAUGCCAAUAGUGACUCCGCUCUUGACACAACGUCUGGAGAUUUCUCCUCCCCCUGUGUCCCAUUGGCUGAAACACCAGAAGAGGGCGGGGACAGGGAGACUGUUCCUCCCCCAGCCCGGGACAGGGACUAUGUGGCUCAUUCCCCAGGCCUGUCCUCUAAACUGGGCAGCAUCUCCGGCUCCAGACUGGGCUCCCCGCAAGGGGUGGAAAAGAGAAUUCCAGAACCCUCGCCGCUCUCUCGCAGGAAGACCUAUGACAAGUCGCAAGCGCCGUCUAAGGUCAAGGAGAUCAAACACUGUGACACCAGGAGGUCAGACAGCUCCUUGCCUCCAACCUCCUCUCCCUACACCCGUCUUCGUAGCCAAGGCAACGUGUUUGUACGCCUGACAGGGUGUCUGGAGAUAGGGGACAAACGUCAGGAUAAAGGGGUGAUCAACCCAGUGCCUUCCUCUAAGGGCAGUCGGUCAGCCACACUGCAGUGUGUCCACGUGGCUGAGGGUCACACUAAAGCCGUGCUGUGUGUCGACUCGACCGAUGACCUCCUCUUCACUGGCUCCAAAGACCGCACGUGUAAGGUGUGGAACCUGGUGACGGGCCAGGAGAUCAUGUCCCUGGCAGGCCACCCCAACAAUGUGGUGUCGGUGCGCUACAGCUCCAGCCUGGUCUUCACCGUCUCUACCUCCUAUAUCAAGGUCUGGGACAUCCGAGACUCCGCCAAGUGCAUUCGCACCCUCACGUCUUCUGGUCAGGUGACCCCAGGCGACGCGUGUGUGUCCAGCACCAACCGGACCGUCACCAUCCCGGCAGGAGAGAACCAGAUCAACCAGAUCGCCCUCAACCCCAGCGGCUCUGUCCUGUAUGCUGCGGCUGGCAACUCGGUCAGAGUCUGGGACCUCAGAAGGUUUGUGUCCACAGGGAAGCUGACUGGUCACCUGGGUCCAGUGAUGUGUCUGACCGUGGACCAGAGUGGGAACGGUCAGGAUCUGGUCAUCAGUGGAUCCAAGGACCAUUACAUCAAGAUGUUUGACGUGACAGAGGGGGCCCUUGGUGCUAUCGGCCCCACACACAACUUCGAGCCUCCCCACUACGAUGGCAUUGAGUCCCUGGUGGUGCAGGGAGACGUCCUCUUCAGCGGCUCCAGGGACAACGGCAUUAAGAAGUGGGACCUGGCCCGCAAAGACCUGCUGCAGCAAGUGCCCAAUGCCCACCGCGACUGGGUGUGUGCCCUGGGGGUGGUUCCUGGCUCCCCGGCCCUGCUGAGUGGCUGCAGAGGAGGGGUGCUCAAGCUGUGGCGCACCGACACCCUGGGGGCCCUGGGUGAGCUCAAGGGUCACGAGAGCCCCAUCAACGGCAUCUCCACCAACAGCAGCCACCUGUUCACAGCAUCUGAUGACCGGACAGUGAAGAUCUGGCGUGCGCGUGGUGGACUGGACAGCACCUUGGAUCCGAUGGCGGACGCAGCAGAUGAGGCAACCAGUACCUGAACGUGGUUGGGACUCUAACAUGGACAAUGCCGACUAGCACUUUGACCCCACCCCUAACCUUAGGAUCUAUGGAAACCACUACCCCAACCUUGCCCCCCACAAACUGUCAUUAAGACAGCUGAGCUAGCUCACAAUAAUGGAACCUGAUCUCAGCAGAACUAGCUUUAGUCUUUCUCCAGAGUGAGGGAGAUAAUAUUCUUUGAAAAUGCCUCCUUUGGGAAAUAUAUCUACAGUCCAACCUACGUGGCUGUAGCACUUUCUUGUGCAGAAUCAACACUAUUUUUGCUUGGUAGACAUCUUUAUGUGUCCGCUAAUAUUAGUUAUAUAAGUAUUGAGUGAACCCACAAGUCUUAUUAACACACACACACACACACAUGCACAGUAUCAGAUGUUACCUGUUAGUCCGGCCUAGGGCUGUUAUUGAUGAAGAGUGGUCUGGUUAUGAGAGGAAGGUACAGAUACUGGGGUGGGUUCCUGGGCUCUGUAGCGGGCUACACGACCCGGAACUGGUUCUACCGUGGCACGGCAGACCUUCAGGAUUGUGAGCAGAACCACGGUCCCUAACCUCACAUCAGUGUGGCUUAACGUGAACUUAGAUAUCACCGCGCCCCCUUAAUGAGUCACUUGCAUUUUAUGUUCUAUUGUUUCUAAUUCAGCGCCUGCUUUCCGUCUGCGACCAAAUUGUCUAGUACUUUCCCUGUGAACUGGAGGAACAAAGCAGCCAUACUCUUGUAACCGCCUCUCUGCUGUUUCCGUUUUUACAAUAACUCUGUCAGUACUUGUCAUUUCAGUGUAUGUAGCCAUAUAGGACUGUCCUCUUACUCUCUUUGAUAAGUUAUGAAGUAGCCUUUUGCCCCUGCUGCUAAACGGCUUGCUAACCUUUGAUCCAUAGAGGGCUUUUGUUUUGGAUUCCAGGUGAGGUCCGCCUGGUGACCAUAGUUACUUACUGUAUAUAAUAGUGUAAAGUGUGUGGAGAGCAGCCUUUUUCCCUGUGCCUGUACUGUAAGCCUGUCCCAGAUCUUGGAAGACUUGGUGUGUAGUGUUCCCACCCGUGUGAAAGUCUCCCUGUACAUUUCCACGACCGAACUUGCGAUUGUUGUGAGCUGAACUAACUGUCAAUUGCUUCAUGGGAUCUGCUGUCUCCUGGGACUAUUGAAUGUUUAUGCUUGGCAGGACACGUACAUGUAUGUGCAAUUGUAAACAAUAUUGUGUAAAGAAUCAACUGAAUAUUAGUUUUGUCCAUCACCAACAUUCACAGGUGAAGUAAGGACCAGGCACUGGUGUAACAGCACUCAAUGAUUUCAGAGUCUCUUCUCCCGGAACAUGCUAUGUUUCCAUCUGGAAUGACACCAGUCGUCAAUAUAGUGCUCUAUGGACCGGGGUCAAAAGGUCGGGCACUAUAUAGGGAAUAUGGUGUAAUUUCAGAGACAGCCCUGGGAUGAUUACCUUGUUCUGCUGAAAGGAAUUGUACGUACGCAAACCUGUCUUGGAUCAUCCUCUGAAGUUUGUCUGUCGACGGCAGUCCUGUAAAUGGCUGAUUCUGUACUGUACCAGUUCUAAUCUCAGAUGCCUUGUGAAAUAAAUGUCAUCUGUCAAAAACCUA